CCAGCCUUGGGGUUGCGUUUUCUCCUCUUUUUAUGCAAAUGUCUCCACCAAACAUCAGCAUUGGCAGAUAGUUCUAUUUGCAAAUUGGAUACCAAUUAUAUGAGAUCGAUGGUCGACGGGUUGGUCCUAAUCUGUGAAUAUACGUUGAGAAACCUCCAAUUGUUAGAUGUCAAAAUGGUAACAAUAAUUCUGGUUGAUUAUUGGACAUGUCAACAUAUGCAGUAAUAUGCAAACUUUACAUACAGAUGAGGUGAAUACUUUAAGUCCUUAUUAUAUGGACAUUUGUUUAGUUAUGUAUGUCCAAAAUAAUUGGUUAAUGUGGAUUGCGGGAAAAUUAAGAUUCGAUCGAUAAUUUAUUGUAUAUAGAGGUGCGUCUGGAUAAAUUUCAUAAUGUUUGUUUAAAGAAAAAAAAUAAUCUCAAACAUUUCAAAAAUGUAUAAGGAAUUAGCGUUUUAGAUUAUUUGCAUAGAUUUGGUUUAGGGAAGUGCGCCUAGCGGAUGAGACGGUCGAAAAACGCCGUGUGGCUCCGCACGCGGAUUUAAAAACACAAUUUGUUGUUUAAUCUUUGGGACAAACUAAUGUUGACUUAAAAAAUCAUGAUGAAUUACUUUAAAUAAUGCCUUUUUUUUAGCUUGAAUUCAAAGUGGACACUUUGCAUACAAUUUUUCAAAAAAUAUGCACGAAACUAAACUCAUGUAGAUGACCAGAAUAUAACUUAGCCGAAUUUUCAAAUGGCCGGUUUUCUAUUCAGUCAAGGGUCAGGAAGUCUGAUAUGGCUUCAAAUGAAAAGUGACAAGAAAAUUUUCCAAAAAAAUUGGGGACUUGUCAGAAAAGAAAUGACCCUGAAUUCUUCACUAUAAGUGACCCCAGUGACCAAAAUACGUACGCGAAAAACUGGAUCAAAUGAAUUUUGGAAUCCAUGAUUAUUGGUCAUCAUCUUCUGCAGAAACUUAUUUUUUGGCUGGACUUAACUCGCUGUCAAUUAAUCAAAAUUCCUAAAAAUUGCCAAAAAGUUAAAAAAUUUUGAUUUUUUUGCCGAGGGGAAAUUUCCCCAAACUUUCCCCGAUGUGGUCACAUUGAAAAAGUAGGGACAUAUUUUAAAAGCUAAUAUCCUAAUGAAUCAGAAAUACCGAAUGGAUGGACUGAAUUCAACAGAAUGUGGUAGCAAGCUAGCUCCAGGUAGGUGAGAAAUUUUUUUUUUGAGUUUUCAGGAAGAAAGUGAUGGUGGAAGUCACACACGAAACCUAGCAAACUAUGGGUUAGGGUGAUUGUAGGGUAGGGUCACUACUUUAUCAUCGUAAAUUUUUAGUAAACCCAGUCUGCUAUAUUCCCAGAUAUCAACAUUUUUAUGCCAGUCUCAUCCGCUAGGCGCACUUCCCUACUAACCGUAUUGGUAUCCAGAACACCAAAAAUUUAUGAUGAAAUCAGAAGUACACCUGGUUAGAUAUGUACAUAUGUACCAGAAAGUUGGUAAUAAUCCACCUGGCAGGCAUGUUUCCGCAGGAACAAAAAAAAAGUAAUAAUAAGAUUAUCAAAUACAACAGACGUUAAAAACAAAUAAAAAGCCAUUUACAGGAAUUGUGGGCCGUAAGCACUUUUACAGUUUUAAGUUGGACGAAACGCGCAUUUCCAGUAUGGUAAACUAAAUAUGUAUAUUUACCGUGCUGACCUGUCUACUUACCAAUAGUGAAAUUCACGUUUCAUCCGACUAAAAAUCCUCGCCAUUCGGUGAAUUGUGCAAAUGCCAAACUAACCGAUGCUUUUGUUUAAUAAGCACAAAACCUGUGCUCGGAAACGUUAGUGUACAAGUAAAUAUGUAUGUAGAUAAUAUAAUAAUUAUAAACUAAACAAGAUGUAGGAUAGUUGAAAGGAGAGUGUGGAAUUAAUGGAAAUUAAGUACCUACGAGCAAAUGUCCCCAAUUGUGUUGUGUACGUACAUAUUUAGUCAUAUGUAUUGCAUUAGGACAGAGGAGAAAUACUCCAACCAACACGAAACUUUGUAACUUUGUAAGGCACGGUGUUCUGCACCAGUCUGCCUCGCCAUUCUCAACCUGCCUCACGUGGGGCAAGUGGACUACAAAAGUAGUCUAAAGUCUCGUAGUAAUUCAGUUGAGACUUUGUUAGGACAAAAUAACAUUCAUUUGAUUUGAAAUUGAUCUGUAAGUCGUGGUAGUAAGUAAUUAUUAAUUUAUGGUAACUUUAUCCAUUAUACAUAUGAGUGUAUUUAAUUUUUGUUAAAAAAACCUAUAAAUAAAGGUUAUCGUUGUUGUUACGUAUCUAAUUAUGUGUGCGCGAAGCAAGAUAACAUACGUAAUUUCACCUAACAGGUAAAACAAGAUGAGCACAAUUGCAUCAAAUUGAGUCGACUAAUUCAAAUAUGAAUAAAGUGCAUACAUAUUUUACGUACAACACAAUGUUUAGCAACAUAUGCAUAUUUGCCAACUACUUAAUUAAUUUGAAUAAUAGGUUAGUUGUUUGAUUAAUGAAUACUAUAUGAAGAAAUCAUUAGUAUCAUAAGAUUUUCAACUUUAUUUCAACUUUAACUUAUGUAAUAAUGUGCAUAUUAGUUAUUAAUAAUUAUUAUAAUAAGUCUAAUUAUUAUAAAAUCAUUAUAAUAUACAUUAAUAAUGAAUAUGUAGUUCAAUAGUUUAGUUACUUUACUUGAGUAUUUGAAUAAUAAACUGAUGUGAAGACAAAUAACGUGCAUAUUUCCUAUGUUUCCACAUUAAAUGUGUGAAUUUAUGCACACCUUACCGAAAAUGAGAAGGAAAAAAUGGUUCCUUUCAGCUAUAGUGAGAGGACUACAUAUUUAUAUAUUUAUAUCCAUAUGUAUCUCUGUAUGAAGGGAUUUUCCUGCAUAUCCGCCUAAAUUCACACCUGUAUGAAAACUAUGUCUCUCCUUUGCCAUCCUCGGCCCACGCGACUUGUUCAGUAAUCAAGCACGCAUGCAGAAUGUGAUAAUAUUUCAUGCAAACAUUUGCACACUUUCACACCGUGAAUGUACACCUGUGGACGUGGACUCCGGAGGCAACCUUACCCGGGUUUUGGAUAUCGAUUAUUUCCCGAAGCGAAGUGAGCUUUCUCCCGGAUACAGAAAGAGAUUUCUGAGAAUCAUCAGGUGGGUUUAGUUACUUCAACGGGAUGCAUUGUUAUUUUAAGGAGGACAUUUAUUUAAUAGAUUGAAAUGAGGGGUCCUUGUUGUACGAGAAAUUUAAAAAGUGGCGUGAAACGGGUGGGGUUUCUUUGUCGGAUUUUAAAUUGGGUAAUUUUCCUAAUUUCUGCCACCGGAUUGCUAAUCUGGUUCGUGUGGAGAAGAAAACAGAGGAAACUGCUGUCCGUCCAAAAUUACUCGGUGCCGAGCGAUGUAACUAUUGUGAAAUCGGAGGAAUUGACGUUGGAGGACGUAUUUCGUCAGGUUGAAGUAUCGCCAUGGAUUUUGCUGUUUUUCAUGUCUCUCGUGGAUUUCAUGGGAUACUUUGUGUCUGGUGGUUUGCUUAAAACUGCGGCUGAACAUCAAAACGUCGCCUGCUGUAAGUUCUGGAUGAGGAUACAAUUUGUCCGAUUCGUUGAUGGAAUCACGGUGUGGAUUGUCAUGUUCAUUCUCGAAUUUCCAAAAACGUUUGGUUUUUACGAAUGGUUGAUUCUUGUUGUCUGGCUGAGCGUGGUAAUCUACGAGGUAUGGAUUGUGGCCGCUUUCAUGCAUCAAAUACUCAAAGAAGAGAGAAUACGCGGUGCAAACUCGGUUGUCAUGGUUACCCUGGGAGGAGGAGAGGCUUGAAUAGUUUCAUAAAAGUAGGAUGGGACAAGGGAUCGUUUACGAAUUAUUUAUGUAUUCAUGUGACAUUGUAUCGUGAAAUUUAUGUAGAUAAUGUAUCAAUUAGACAAUUUUUAUUGUUUAUUUGUGGUUAAACAAAAUAUUUAUGUAUAUCUAUAUUAACAUUAAACUGUUUACUGUGGCAAAAUGUAACACAAAAACUUAAUAAUGUAUGUACAAAAUGGUUACGAAUUAUUAUUAUGAUAUUUAAUUUGAAAAGAAAUUUCAGUAACUAGUAGUUACUAACUACUCUCCCAAAACUGUGUGAUCUAUUAUUUUUAAGAGAUAUGUAAAUGUAUCUAAAUUCUAAAUUGUGUAAAGUAUACGAGAUGUAGCGUAACGUCGACUUUUGAAAUUGUCAAGUCUGACCUAGAUUUUGCAUGGUUUAGAUGCAUAAUCUAGAAUUUAUGAUGCAUUUAUUAUUCCACAACGUAACUAUAUUUAUUUUAAGCAUGUCCCAAUAUUUAUGAAGUGUCUGUAAUAUGUACCCCUUGUAAAUAUACUUGAACAAAUAAAUCCAACUAAAUCUUUGAUGUCUUUGAUGACAUUAAUUGUUUAAUGUUAAUAUUUGAAAAGAAGUGAUAGCUUAGCACUAUUUCUGCACAAAUUAAAGUUUGAGAAAAACAAACUCUAGGUAAAACCCAGUAUUUAAGUAUAUUUAACGUAGGUAAUAAGGUUUAAAUAAAA